ACACCCGUCACCCUGGAGCUGGGGGGUAAGAACCCCUGCUAUUUGGAUGACAACUGUGACCCCCAGACAGUGGCCAACCGUGUGGCCUGGUUCCGCUACUUCAACGCCGGCCAGACCUGUGUGGCCCCUGAUUAUGUGCUGUGUAGCCAGGAGAUGCAGGAGCGGUUGGUGCCUGCCCUGCAGAAUGCCAUCACGCGUUUCUAUGGAGACAACCCACAGACCUCCCCCAACCUGGGCAGAAUCAUCAACCAGAAGCAUUUCAAGCGGCUCCAGGGAUUGCUGGGCUGUGGCCGUGUGGUCAUCGGGGGCCAGAGUGAUGAGGGAGAGCGCUACAUUGCCCCCACAGUGUUAGUGGACGUGCAGGAGACAGAGCCCGUGAUGCAGGAGGAGAUCUUUGGUCCCAUCCUGCCCCUGGUGACCGUGAGGAGCCUGGAUGAAGCCAUUGAGUUCAUCAACCGGCGGGAGAAGCCGCUGGCGCUGUAUGCCUUCUCCAACAGCACGGAGGUCGUUAACCAGGUGUUGGCCCGGACCAGUAGCGGGGGCUUCUGCGGGAACAAUGGCUUCAUGCACAUGACCCUGUCCAGCCUUCCUUUUGGAGGAGUGGGAUCAAGCGGGAUGGGCAGGUACCAUGGCAAGUUCUCCUUUGACACCUUCUCCCGCCAGCGUGCCUGCCUGCUGAGCUGCCCUGGGAUGGAAAAGCUGAAUGAGCUCCGUUACCCGCCAUAUAGUCCUCGUAGGCAGCAACUGCUAAGAUGGGCUAUGGGCUCGCAGAGCUGCACCCUCCUAUGACUGUGACCCUGACUCCUCUCUCCUGCUGCCCUGCCCCAGCCUACUUAAGCUUUCAGCUGCUUCCAAGUACCCAGUGGUUUCUGAAAGGCAAGUGUCUGGUCCAGCCUGUGAACACCCCACUUCUGGAACUUUUUCUGAACACACUUCCAGCCAGGCAGGACCUCCAGGUGGCUGGUCUAGCCUUCUCCCAAAGCACAUCACUCUCAGUGGCUUAGACAGAGAAGUCCCCUCCCCAAGUUUAAGCAGAUCUGGUGACUAAGGGGGUCUUUUUUUUGUCAGAUCAUAACAGAAUCCCAAAACACAGAGCAGUUGCUCACAGCUCCAUCCACACCUGGAAGGUGGCUUUGUCUCACCUGAAGUGACAUGAUCAUGAACCCAGAUCAGAUUAACUGGUGAAAUCUGAA